AUGGAUCAAAAGAAAUUUGGUGUGAAUUUGAAAACUACAGGAAUGGAUGUAGUUAAAGAUAAGCAUAUUGGGGUAAGUACUGGUUCUACCAGGACAAGCGCCUCUCGUGGAAUUCGUACUCCGCUCAAGCCAGCUAAUGUUUCAGAUUUAAAAGCAAUGUUUGAUAAAUCUGGUGAUGGGACUACGACAACUACCAAAACAGAAACAAAACAGGGAGCUGGUAUGACUUCUACACAGAAAACAACUGAAACACGAACUGUGACUAGGAGAACUACAAGUAAUGUUCAACCUGAUGAUGUAGAUACUGGUGUCAAAGUUGUUUCAUUAACACCUGCUCCACGUUCUGUAUCCCGAACAACUGGUAUUAGGACAGCUGAUGAAAUAUUAGCAAAAGUACGAGCAGAAAGAAUGAAUGCUUCAGCUUCAGCUCAACCCUCUAGCAGUUUUGUAACAAAACGUACAACUACACGAACUGUGACACAGACUUCUUAUGAUAGUUUAGAUCCAACUUCCAAAAUAGUUUCCAAAACUGUGACGACUUCGCAUUCAGGACUUCAGGAUGAUGAGUCCCGUGACAAGGCAAGGGAAUAUCUGAAAUUUAGUCUUGGUAGAGUGGGAUCUGGUAAAAGUGUUUCAUCACAUUCAUCAGAGGAAGAAACUUUACAUCCAUCUAGUCCAAAAUCACUACAAAUUACCAGCUCAAGAGGCUAUAAAAGUGCAGAUACAAGUCCAAAAGGAUUCAAACCUUCUUCAGAAUUUCGUGCUAAUAUUCAUUGUGGUGAUGCAAAUAGUAUUUCUUCAGAACAAACUAGUCCUCGCUCUUUUCGUUCAUCGAGUAGUGCCUCUUCUUGGAACAGUCCCAGAAAUAGUCCUUCACUUCAGAGACGUUGCGAUAGUCGUGUUGAAUUACCAGUCAGCCAUGAACAUACUGGUAGUACUGAUGAUGAUGAAACUGUAGAUUCAUCAUCAAUAUCAGAAGUUGCCAAAAAGUAUGGACUUUCAAGUGUUGGUGCAGCAUCAAAAAUAUCCCCAACUUCUACUGUCACAAUUAAAAAUGACCUUCGACCUAAACUGUCUAGCGGAACUAAACCUCUAGCUACAGGUGGAACAAAAAUACGAUUGACAGAAAAGAAAUUUGAUUUACUUGGAAGCAAACCAAAUGAAGAUCCUUUAGUUGACAAAUCAGGAGAAAAACUGAUAAAAUUUGAUAUUACUAGAGAUGGUCUUGUGAGUGGAUUUUCAGAUACAAAAACUCAGCCAGAAAAAACAGAACGAAAUGUUGUUAAAAGUAAACUAUUGGAACAAAAAAAUGCUAAAAACAGUGGCUCAUUUGAUAAGACUGGCUCCAACAAGGAAGAUGUCAAAGUAGUUCGAGAAAUAAAAGUUCAGCAUAUUGACAUAAAAAAUAAGAUACUGUUAAAGUUCAAAAAUUGGAACCUAAGGCAAAACCUAGAACAAAAAGUUCUGAACUGGGAAAAAAAGGCUGAGAAACAGGAGAAAAAAGAAGAAAAGAAAUCUAAGGCUAAGAAGACAGAAAAUGGUAAAGCUUCUGCUAAAGAAAAGAAGAAAUCAAUUGAAGUUGUACAGGUUACACCUAGUGAAGUGUCUCAUACAGAUAGUAGUGAUGACUCUGUUCAGUUAAAGAAAGGACCAUCUAAUGACAGAAUUACCCGUUUAUCAGAAAAAUCUGAAUUGAUUCAAAGGAAAAAUUCUGGUGACCGUGUUGCAAACAUGUUUGUGCCGCCUGGAGUUGAUAAGCGAAUUUUUACUAGGAACAUGAGUUCAGAACGCUUUGAAAAACUCAAGUUUGAUUUUGAGCGCGGUUGUCCAACUGAACAUCAAGACAAAGUUGCAAAAGAUGCCAUUUUGCUUCCACAAGAAUUGCCAGAAGUCAAAAUUGCACCAAAAGUAGUAAAGUCUGACUCUUUUAAACGGAAAGAGGAAUCUAUUUUUGCCAGUGGGUUAAAAGUUUCAGAUUUUGUGCAACAAAUAAAUGCAAAUAAUAAGAAAACUAAUGUUGGACGUACAUGGAAGAAGAACACAGCUCGUGUACGUAGUGCGUCUGCAAGCACUCCAGGUGAAAAUGAAUAUCAUGAAGUGUCUGAUGGAGGUUCUAGUGAUGGUGGAUGUUAUUCUGAAGGAGAGGGAAUUUAUGAAUUUGUUCCAGAAAGAGAUACUGAAAUUACAGAAGAACUGAGUGGUAAAGCACCGUCUCGUAGAUUUGGAAUUUACAGAAAACAAAAGACAGCAAAUAAGAAGGCUAGUUUUAAAGUGAAAAGUAAGAGUAAUUCAUUAACAAGAAAUAAGAAAGCACCAGGAUUAUCUAAAUCUGCUUCUUUGGAGGAUAAUCUCAGUCAAGAUGACCCACAUCAACCCCCCCAAAAUGGAAAAACAUGGCUUUUAAAUCAGUUACAUAAAAAGGUAGUUAUAUUUGCCACUAGUAAAAGAUAA